GAAAACACAGAGGGUCGAACGGCGCAUAAAAAUACAGCUGCUCUCGCGGAGCCUCAAAGGGGUCGCACGGCACUGUACAUCAGGCACAGGAAGCAAGAGCGAACCAUGCAGGAGAAGCGAGUCGCCCUUGUCACUGGCGCCAAUCAGGGGGUCGGCCUCCAGGUAGCCAAGGAGCUGGUCCGGCACGGCUUCGUCGUCGUCGUUGGCUCACGAGACCUGAAACGUGGCGAGACAGCAGCAGAGGAGGCAGGACCAGGGGCAACUGCAGUCCAGCUCGACGUCACCGACCAGGCCUCCAUUGGCGCAGCAGCGGAACGCAUCAGGCGCGAGUUUGGCCGCCUGGAUGUCCUUGUGCAGAACGCCGCCAUCUCCAACACAAACAGGCAGCCAGGCGAGAGUAUCGCUGAGCAUUCCAGAAAGACUCGGCCGAGCAAUGUGCCGCUCGAGGACAUGCGCAAGGUCUGGGACACCAACGUCUUUGGUGUACUGGCCGUGCACCAGGCCAUGCUUCCGCUGCUCCGAGCGACGCCUGGUUCCCGCAUUGUGAUCGUCUCGAGCGGCGCUGGGUCGCUCACGCGCAACGCCGACACAGGCAACCAACAUCGAUCCAUCUUUGGCCCCGUCUACCCGGCUUCGAAAACGGCGCUGAAUGCAUUGGCACUCGCAAUGGCCAUCGAACUGGAGCCAGAGGGCAUCCCAGUCCGCAUUGUCUCGCCCGGGUUCGUCAGCACGAACCUCAACGGUUUCACAGGGACGCAGAACCUCGAAGAGGGCGCACGCGAGAUCGUACGCGUGGCGCUGCUGUCGGACGGAGUGACUGGCACCUUUACGAGAUGGCCGGGCGAGGCGAUUCCCUGGUAGACACGUGAAAUACUCAAUGUCGCUGCACAUGCACACCGCGUGAGCUGGUGAUGAACUACUAAGCUACAGCCAGGGCGAGCAGCCUUGACUAUGAGGUGGCACCGCGUCACGUUGCCCUCCAAGCUC